UCUAACGUCAGUUUUGUAAAAAUGUCACCACGUCUUAAAAUCACGAAAAAUGUUAUUGAGCGCUUAUCAAAAAUAUACACAGAUGAAGAUAUAGGAUGCCUUUAUGGUCUUAUGUACGAUGGCACACUACUCGUAAUAGGAUUAAGCUUAGAAUAUUUUGAAAACGAGAAACAAACUUAUAAACAGCUUUUACUUAACUUGCCAGCUGAGGUUGAGUUAUGCGGUAUAAUAAAAUUCACGGAAGGCCUAAGCUUAGAUUCCCGUCCAAAGGAAAUUCUUCAGGAUGUUGAUAUUACGGAUAACCCUCUUGUGGUUACAAUAAGCAAAGCCAAUAAAAUGAAAGCAUAUUUUCUGGUUCAUGAUAAGUUGGAAGAGACAUCUUAUGAAAUUCUUGAGGAAGAAGAUUUUUGGAGACAGUUUUUACAUUUAAGAUUAACAACAGUUUUACCUUUUCAAUGUGAAGCCACUAUUCCUGGAGUAAAAAAUGUUUUACAAAGCAAAAGAGUUAAGAUAGCGUCAGGACAGGUAUCCUUCCACAUUAAUAACACAUCAGUUUAUUUAUUUGGUGAAGCAUCUGAUGUUGGAGUGACAGGCAUAAAUAUGGAUACUAACAUUGGAGAUCUUAUGGAAUCUUUAAAUCCAGAACAGAAUUUGAAAAAGAAGAAACAUCUUGUAAACAGGAUUGAGAUUGUACCUAUUAAUCUAGUCAUGCGAGCCACAAAAGACAUGUUAUCAGAGAAACUCGUUAAAACUGCUGUUAAAAUGAUGACGACCCAGAGGAAACCUGCCUUUUGUAUUAGUAUGCCACUGAAGAUUGACACUUUGGCGAUAGUGAACAGGAGCACGAAAGUAUCAGAUCUUUACUCAGUACUUGUUGAAGCAGCCUGCAGAUCCCUCAGAUUACUAGAAAGUGGCAUAUUGGAACAAUUAGGUCAAGAAGGAAUUGGAGACGGCGCUGGUCUUCGCCUACCAGAAACCUAUCAUUUUCUCCCACAACUUCUGGGCCACUUUGUAACAAGAAUUGUACCAAAAAGCAUUCCAGAUGAAAGCAUGGAGAAGGAAAGGCGUCAGCUACAUGAGCAGUUGGCGUUGCCGGUAGACCGACCUAUAUUCAGACGCGGCAACGCUUACUCACCAGCCACUGCUAAGCUGGUGAACCCACACGAAGCCAUCAACCAACAGACCAAACCGGGCUGGAGGGUAGCACUGGUCCGCGGCAACUACACUUACCACCAUUACAUGCAAGACAAUUUUAAUGACGACGGCUGGGGGUGCGCCUACCGCUCCAUGCAGACAAUAUUUUCGUGGUUCAGGUUACAGGGCUACACAACAGUAGACAUUCCAUCUCACAGAGAAAUACAACAGUGCCUUGUUAGCAUCGGUGAUAAGCCAUCGGCAUUCCUGGGAUCAAAAAACUGGAUUGGGUCCACGGAGGUUAUGUUCUGUCUAGAAACCCUGCUGGGAGUGCAGUCCAGAAUUAUUUUUGCCAACACUGGAUCUGAUUUACUAAAUUACACCCCAGAGUUACUUCAUCAUUUCGAGAGACACGGGAGCCCUAUUAUGAUUGGUGGCGGAGUGUUAGCUCAUACAAUACUUGGCGUAGAAUUCAACCCUGAGACAGACGAAACGAGGUAUCUAAUACUAGAUCCUCACUACACGGGCGCUGACGACCUCAGUGUUAUAAUUAGUAAGGGUUGGUGCGGAUGGAAAAAUGCCGACUUUUGGAACAAGACUGCACAUUACAACCUUUGCUUGCCACAAACCACACCCUGCGUAUAAGGUGAUUUUUUUUAAGUCUUGGACUUGACUGCCAUAGAAGUGUAAAGAGUUAUUUUCAAGUGAAAUUGUCAUAAUUUAUUCGUUUUUUUUUUUGCACAAUUGCUCCAAAGUUAUGCACGAUACGAAUAGAAUAUUUUUCUAGUACAAAUAAAUGUUAUAUUUC